AUGGCUACGGAAGCCGUUCCCGACGCUAACCUGUCGGUUCAGAGAGAUUUCGGCAACAUUCGAGGGCUGCAGACGGAGGCAAAGCGACAAUUCGAUACAGAUAUCAUCCUGAGGAAUUCGUUACAGGGUGCUCCAAAUAGGUUCGAGGCCAAGGGCCGUGUUCUAAGAGCCUCAGACGUGCUGCUGUCUUUAGUUGGCAGAUCUACAAGCGAGACGGACGAUGCUUAUCCCGGUGUUGCAAGUACGCAGGAGGCUUUGCGUUGUUUUCCUCCGUUUCGAGACGAUGACGGGACUAUAUUCGGUGCAGUGGAUAUCAAUUGUCCCGACUGCAAUGCAGUUUUUUCUUCGCUAAGCGAGUUGAAACAUCACUAUCUAACGAAAUACUGUCCUGGCACUGCAAUUGCCGUAUAUGUGAUGACGCGGGACCGUCUGAUCACGAAAGGUUACCGUGUUGAGAAACGUUUCAUCCCGCUCAACUCCCGGCCGAUUUGCUUCUUCUGUGGCAACUGUGAAAGGCCAUUUACAUUUGGCGAUGGUGAGGAGGAAGGGCUUGAUCGGCAACGAAAUACGCCGUUCUUUGUUGACUGCAAGCAUUGUGGUGAACCAUGCAAUGUCUCAUACCAGCCGAUCUUGAACGAUCCGCGGGACGACAUCGUUGUUAGGGGCACAGCGAGAGACAUGGCCAGUGCUAAUCACAGUCGAAGUUCUAGCUUUACGCAGAAAGGCUCCAUGGGUUCCAAAGUCCCAUCAACGAACGGCGCUGGGGAUCAGUCCUUUUCCAAAAAAGCCCGAAAGAUACGUGAUUCCUGGUCGCUCAGAAAGUUCUCACAAGGCGAGGAGGAUGAGCUGGUCGCUAUCGGAUUUUCGGGGCUAUAUGACCUGGAACGAGUACAUGCCCCCCACGGCAUCUAUCAACAAAUUGAAAGCAACAAUGAGCCGGGAACAGCUCUGUCAACAAUGAGCUACGCUACGAAUGGAGUAAAUAAUGGAUCCAUAGUGGAGUCUAAACGGACGCUCUGUGAGGAGGAAAGCGGUCGUCCGGGCCCUAAGAACGAGCUCCGGAGUGGUCACGCUGAGAAAGAACGCCCGCAAGCGCAACAAAGAGCCUCAUGGAGACAAUCCUUCUUGCAGAGACUCUUCGGUCGCAAGGUCCCCAAAGGUGUCUCGCGUGCACGAUCUACCUCAGAUCGUGGUAAGAAGUUGAUUAAAAGAGCGAACACCAUACGGUUCUCGUUCGUCACCAAGUACACGCGAAGCGAAAGGAGAGCAGCAACGACCCGAAAGAGUGACGUGGUUUCGACGGAUGGCCGGACGCAGGUCACUGAGCCUACGCAGGAAUCUGUCGCGGAAACCGAAUACAUGGCCUUGCUACGGGAAACGCAGAAUAUCUUCAUCCACACCCAGCAUAUCUCGGGCGGUGCUAUUGUUCACGAUGCAUCUGGGCGUCAAAGGAUUUUGAAGAUUGAUGAGAUUGCCCAGCUUUUCCUACAGAUUAAAGACGAGCUCUCGGCUGCAAGCAUUUGGUCUCGUAUCCUCCACGAACAGAUGCGAGCCCAGAAUGCUCUGAAUCAGGGGAAUCUGGAAUCUGCAAUGAGCAAAUUUCACAAUGCGCUGAGAUUGCUCGAUGAGUGUCCAGCAUUAGAUAUUGACAAGCAUUGCCGAGCGGUACUUCUCCAUUCCUUGGGACGGGUAUAUCGCCAUUUGGAAAGGACACAAGAGGCGACUGUCUGUUAUUUGACGGCUCUUGGAUUAUUCAAGCGGACGUUUGGGCGCGACCAUCCCGAUAACUUCGCCAUUCUGCAUGACCUAGGAGCGCUCGAUUCGAAGGAUGGAUAUGCUACACAAGCAUCAGCUUUAUACGAGCGCUCGUUUGCAGGUCGCUUGAAGACACUGGGGCACAACGACCCAGAGACUCUGAAGAGCAUGCAGGACCUUGCCACGCUGAAGGUCGCUUUGGGUGAUUUGGAAUCGGCACUCCUCCUUCUGGAGAAAGCAGCCCCGGCACUAGAUACGGUUUUUGGGCUGCAUAACGAAAGAACAUUGAUUGCAAAAAACCAACUAUCUCUCCUGUACCACAAACUUGACCUGAAUAAGGAGGCCCAAAUGAUCUGCGGCCGAACCAUCCCGCAUUACAAGGCAGUCUUCGGUAUUACCAGUCCUAUCACACGAGAAGCGGUCGUUCGGUAUCUUGAAUGCUCUGAGAAUUUCGACUUUCCAAGUGAAAUAAAUGACAUUCUUGAUCAAUAUCAACAUUCUCGGGAACCAGACGCCCUGCGGGUCAUCCAACAUCUAGGACGAUCGUAUAUCAACGCUGGCCUCUAUCGGGAUGCCGCGAAUGUUUUCGAAUCUUUGGUCGAAGACUUCUUGGCAAUCAAGGGACCAGAAGCAAUCGAAACGUAUGAUGCUCUCAGCGCCCUCUGUGUCUCCCACGAACAACUCGACUCUAUCGACAAGGCCAUACUUGCCUACAAACAGCUAGUCCAUAUGGCGCGACGAACCCCGGAAGACCGCUACCUGCAGACGAGGAUAGGGUUCGCCGAGGAGAGGAUAUUGGCUCUCAACGGACGAAGAAAUAUGCUCGCAGCUGAGAAGCAAGAUUGGGCAUGCAUGGAGCCCGGGCCGUGUGAGAAGUGCGGCACCCCUACCACCACCUUGUGCAACACCUGCAAUAUCUUCCGUUUCUGCAAUGAUACAUGUCACAAGGCUGCCUCAGCCUCCCAUGCUUCCCAAUGCAUCCCAUCCGUCACCCGUCUCGAAUCCAAGUCCAUCCGAAUGAAGCACAAAUGCCCCGUCCCAGCACGCGACCUUGCGAUCACCAGAAUCCGCCAACUCGACACCACCCGACCUGUCAAUAUAACAGCCAGUACCGCUUACCAUCUCGACCAUCGAAAAUUCACUACCUUCCGGAUGAAACUCAAUCCAGACGUUAACACAGUCAUCGUCUUCGCCCGCGAAUCCGACAUCCGCUACACCAUGAUCAACAACCCUCCACAUCUCUUCCCGCCCAGCAAAGUCCAAUGGACCACCCCAGAGCGUCAAGAAUCUAUCUUCUACGCCCCCGCAUCCCCCGGCUCUGACCCAACAGAAGAAGCAAGAUACCUUCUCGUCGCCCCGGGGAAGAAAAUGCUCCGCGCCUUGGUCGAUAAGCGCGUACGAGUCCGUGGCGGCGGCGGCGAAAAGGAACGCUUCCGAGCCCUUGAUAUCCCCAACAAAGACCUGGUCGAAUACGCCCAGGGACUCGUCCUAAAUGAUUAUCCGUAUGAACCGUUCAUGUACGUUUUUGAAUGGGUGUGGAAAGACUAA